AUGACCGUUGACAAUAAAGAUGAUAGUAUUAAAAAAGCAGAUGCAGAAAUAAAAGUAUCGUGCUGCAAAAAAAUUUCUAUUUUCGCCUGUGUUUGUGGUGUAUUAUCAUUACUUUUACAUAUAAAUAGUUAUAUAUAUAAUAAUGUAGAUGAAAGAUAUCAUAGAAUAGAGACUGAUUUUAUAAAAAUUAAUGAAUUUCUUGAUGUGGAACUCGAUAAGAGAAUAAGUGCUUAUGUAUCAUCUUUGAGUGACAUACUUCCAGUUAGAUUAAAAAGAGAUGCUAUGGUUAAUCAAUCGCCUGUUCAAGAGGAUAACACAGUGGCACCUCAUGUCGAGUUUUUUAAUCCAAAAAUGCGAGCUGAACUUGAAGAGAAAGAUGCGAUUGAGAUGAAACGCACUGGAGCCAAGGGCCCAGCUCCUGGAGGCGACACAUGGGUUUGGCUCACAAGUUACUCUAGAGUACCAUAUAAAGUCGUGCAAGGAUUUUGUAAAGCUACUCAAGACUACUGUCCGCCUGGAGUUCAAGGGCCAAAGGGACCUACAGGGUCACCUGGCCCCAAAGGUGAAAGGGGAGACCCGGGUGCACCAGGAACAGCAGGAAAUCCGGGAUUAAGAGGGCCCCUUGGGCCACCCGGGCCUAAGGGUGAACGUGGAUUCCCAGGUAAUCCUGGUCUAGACGGUAGAGAUGGUGUACCAGGUGAACCAGGUCUAGAUGGUCUAUCAGGAAGAAAUGGAGCUGAUGGAGCACCAGGAAAAGAUGGACGCGAUGGAAUACCUGGGAAGGAUGGAAGUCCUGGCAAAAAUGGAAAGGAUGGCAAAGAUGGUAAGCCUGGUGCUCAAGGUCCUGCAGGAGUGAGGGGACCAAAAGGAGAACGUGGUCCAAUGGGACCGAAAGGGUUACGCGGUAAUGAUGGUCGGGAUGGAGCACCUGGAAAACCUGGACUAUCGAUAUACAACUACACUAAGGAGAAUCAACUGUUUAUUCCACCCAGUUUUGCUUUGGAUAACCCAAGACUAAUAGUACGUGAAGGCGAUACGAUGCGCAUGGAUUGCAAUCCGAAGGGAUUUCCUGAGCCUACUAUAGAGUGGCGUAGAUCUGACGGAACACCAAUUAUACAGGGGUCCUGGCGUGAUGCUUCUGUGAGCGGGCACGUAUUGAGUAUACCCAACGUGUCCCGCUGGCACACAGGGAAAUACGUGUGCUUGGCGAACAAUGGUAUGCAGCCGCCGGCGAACCAGACAACCGACGUUGAAGUGCAUUUCAGUCCGUAUAUACGCGUCCCGAACAAUAUAGCGUAUGUGUUUAACAAAACAGCUAAAAUUUUAUGCGAGAUCCAAGCCUGGCCAGAGCCUGUAUUAGCCUGGGAAUGUGACGGAGUAACCCUUGAAGGCUCUCGGUACAAGACAGAGGUAUCUACAGCAGGAGAGCCGUGGAGUUGGAUUAUGAGACUGGAAAUACCAAACGUCCGAGAGCAUGACCUCAAACAGUACAGUUGUGUAGCCAAAAAUGAACUUAAUAAUCAAACAGUUAAGGGACAUAUUAAGUUGAUGUAUCCAAGUCCUAACCAGCCAACUCAAGUACAACAGCCCAUGGAGUUCGGCUCCCGCCCCCCAAUCCUCACGUCAUACGAAGAGCUGUGUCAGGUGCAGCGGUGCCCUUCGUGCCCACGAUGUGAUCGCGCCCUGCUGUUGAUAUCCACUAUGAAUUCAACAUCUGGAUAUAAGCUUAUAAGGAAUACUAAAUGCCAACUGUAUGCUAUCGGGAAACCUGUCUAUCACCGGUACAAAGAUGAAUUAUUUGGUGCUUGGUUGAGAGAUUCUAACGCUUCUGAAAGUCAGAAAGACAAGCUGUGGACGACACAAGAAAAUGAUGUAGAAAGACUGCGAGAAUAUAGAAGCAAGGCGAGCUUCAAGUCUGACCACGUGGAUGAGUUUCAUAAGUUGCAGAAACCCUUUUUUGGAAAUGGCCACAUAGUGUACAGCGGAUCAUUCUUUUACCAAGCCAAUGAAUCUGGACAUCCGGGAGAUAUCAUACGUUACGAUUUAACGCAGAGUCGAAUUAAAUCAGCACAUUUACCUCACGCUGAUGGAAGACUUUAUACCGCUCAGCAUAAUCAGGUUGAUUUUAGUGCUGACGAUAACGGGCUAUGGGUAAUUUAUUCUAUAGAAAGAUCAAACAACACUGCAGUUGCCAAGCUAAGCUUUGAUCCAAACAAAGAUGACUUAAAUAUAGAUUACAUUUGGAACAUAUCACUUAAUCAUAAAUCAGUAGGCGAAAUGUUUAUGGUUUGUGGAGUUCUUUACGCAUUGGAUUCGGCGACAGAAAGAGAAACCAAAGUGACAGUGGCCAUAGAUUUAUAUUUAAGUAAACCGGUGGAGGUGUCGUUACAGUUCACCAAUCCAUUCAGAAAAACCACUCAACUUGGAUAUGAUCAUACUCAUAAGGAGCUUUAUUCGUGGGAUCGCGGGAAUCAGUUAACAUAUCCUGUGAGAUACAAUGAAUUUCCUGGACCU